AUGGCGAAGCGUACGGCAGCCCCUGUAAAACAGGAAGAGGACCUCGUCACUGAGUUCUUGGAAUCGCCGGCGAAGGCCGCAAAGAUCCUGGACACACCUGCAGAGAAGGCACAGCUGGUUCUGAGCUUGGGUUCAGUUCCUGGCAAGAGCAAAAUCACCGAGAAGGUUGAGGUGCGUCAGAGGGCUCACGCUUUUGUUGGUUUUGAGGAUGAUGCAUCCCUGGUGCAACAGCAGCUGGCACUCGCGUUGGCCCAGCAAAAGACUGCACAGGCACAGCAAGAGACUGCGCAGGCACAGGUGGGCAUGGCUGUGAAGAACCUGGGCAGAGCAAAUGCCAAGUUGGAGGAAGCGGAGCGAGUAGGCGAUACGAAGCAGGUCGAGGAGGCCAAGGAGGAGGUCAAGGAGGCCAAAGAGGAGGUCAAGGAGGCCGAGCAGAAGGUCAAGGAGGCCGAGCAGAAGGUCAAGGAGGCCAAAGAGGAGGUCGAGAAGGCGGAGCAGAAGGUCAAGGAGGCCAAGCAGGAGGUCGAGAAGGCCAAGGCCGAGUCUGAAGCGAAAGCAAGCGCUAGCACCGCCCAGGCCGGGGACUUCAAAGCUGUUUUGCCUUUGUUAUCCUUCGGGUUUGCAGCGCUCCGGGACGGCAGGGCAGCGCAACAACAAAGGGAUUGUGGGGACUGGUGUCAGAAACUGCUCAAACAACAGUUGGAGUUUGGAGCUGGCGACGCGCUGCUAAACACCAUCGGUGCGAAGUGGGACUACUGUGGCAGAGAAGCCCUUGUCAGGGACUUGCAAGUGCCUUUCGGGGUCCUUUGUGAGCGCAAAGGUGCGGAUGCAGACAAGCAGAACCACCCGCUGCUAAUAGCAUUUGCCGGCCCAGGACAGGGCAAAUCCCGCUUCCUCUCAGAGCUCCCCGCCAUGAUCGAGGAGUGUCGAGCACAGCUCAAAACCGAAAAAGUGCAGAAGUACCAGAAGACCUUGGCCUUCUUGAUCACCUGUGAGAAUGGCACCUCACCUGGAGACUGGGCAACUCAGGAGCUGAAUGCUGGACGCUUCGUUGCCUGCCGCAUGCUGUGGCAGCUGCGGGCGGCCAACCAGGUGGCAUUCAAAGCAGCCGGAGCUCCGGAGAACUUUGCUGCAUUCCGCGCGCAGUGCCCCCAGCAUCUGGUGCCAGACGAUGUGUUGCAAGCCGUGCUACGGGGCGCAAUGGAAACCACUAUCGUCGUUCUGGGAGUGGACGGCAUGCAGGGCCUCGAAGGCUUCGACCUGCGUGCUCAGAAACCAGGUAAUGUGACAGCGUUCUAUCAGGUCAUGCUAGAAGUGUGCCGGCUCGUCAACCAAAAGGCCUCUCCGCUGGUGGUAGGAUGCGUUUCUGCCACUCAAACUCUGGAUCAUGGCCUGGCAUGCUCACCCCAGCGUCGCUACCGCCUAGCACUCCCUCAUGUGACCCGGGUGGAGGAAAAUGGCGAGGAUAAAGUUCCGCCUCAUAAACUCAAGGAUUUGCUGGUGCGAGACAUGGGAGGCCACGGCCGGGCUUUAGAGGCUCUGGUGCAGGCACUCCAGCCAGCGAAGAUUGGAGAUGGAAGCGCUGCGGCUGUGAUUGGAGCAGUCAUGUUUCAACUGUCAGAGAAGUACCCCACCGCCGGCAUCCUUGGCCGGUCGGAGUCGAAAGCCUUCGACGAUUGCUCUAUCAAAGCAGUUCUUCGCACGGCACUGUCAGGCAAAUGGGUUCGCAGGGGUGAGAAACUUGGGAACGUCGAUGCCGAGAAGGCAGACUUGAUUCGUUUGCGGUACAAUGAUGCCGGCACUGAGUACUGGAUUGAAGUUCCGUACAUAUGGCUGCACAUGAUGCUCAAAGAAGUGGCAGUAAAUUCUAAAGAUCUGGCCCCAUGGAGCCUGAUGGACUACGACCAGUUUCUGAGGGAUCCACCGCAAGAUGGCACAGAAUGGGAGGAGUUCAACGUAGACUUUAGAGUGUUGCGGUCUUGGGCUUUCGAUGAAAAGGAAGCAGUGCCAGUACGCUCUUUGCACAGCGGUGCAAUCAUACAGCCAGGUACCUUAGCGGAGAAGAUGGUCAUCAAUCACCAUCUGAAGCGCUUCAAGGAGACCACGGUCAGUUUGACUCGGACUGAUGUUCUUGUUCUGAAUGCGAAGGGUGCACCUGCUGCAGACGCGGUCCUUCGCUUGGAGACCGAGGCUGGCGAGCUGAUUGCAGAGUGCUUGCAGAUGAAGCAUGGGCAGUCAGCUUGUGACCUAGAAGCUGAGCGUGCGAAAGCCUGCGAUGAAGAUGACAUCUUCGUGGUGCUGCGAAACAGCAAAACUGACACUCCAGAUGGCCAGAACUUGAUAUUUGUGUCCGAGGGUCAGUUCGCAAAAUACUACGGAAUUUACAGCGGCAGGGCAUUCAGCAGUGCCGCUAGAAGCUUGGCAAGUCGGAUCCAGCAGUAG